AAAGUGACACUGUCUACAGCAAUAGCAAGAACAACGCAUGCCCCUCUCCUGAAAAUCAUUAGUAAAGCCAGUACUGAACUCAGACACACCACAUGACUCCCAUGACCAUAUCUGAUUUCUUUUGUCCUUUUACCUUCCCUACAAUAUCACUAUAUCUAAUUUUCUGAGUAGAGACUCUAUACAUAAGUGAGAAGCCAAGUGGGUUUUUCCAACAAAUGUCAACACUUUUGCUGCAGAAAAUAGCAAUGGAGGGGGUUAAAAUUUUGUUGCUUUUCUGGGUUUUGAGUGUUGGAGUAGUGACCGUAAUGGGCCUGCCGCCUUGUAAUUUUCCGGCUAUCUACAACUUCGGCGACUCAAAUUCGGAUACCGGUGGUAUAUCAGCGGCAUUUGAACCUAUUCCUGCGCCGUACGGCGAUAAUUUCUUCCGAAGGCCAGCCGGAAGAGACUCCGAUGGGCGGCUCAUCAUAGACUUCAUAGCUGAACACUUGGGCUUACCAUAUCUGAGUGCGUAUCUUAAUUCACUCGGGACAAAUUACCGGCACGGUGCGAAUUUUGCGACGGGAGGGUCGACCAUCAGGCGUCAGAAUGAGACCAUUUUCGAAUACGGUAUAAGCCCCUUUUCUCUAGAUAUGCAGGUCGUGCAAUUCAAUCAGUUCAAAGCUCGAACAGCGGAUCUUUACAACCAAGCUAAGAAACCUGCUGACAGAAGCAAUCUUCCAAGGCCGGAGGACUUCUCCAAGGCUCUUUAUACAUUUGACAUUGGCCAAAAUGAUCUCUCUGUUGGGUUUAGGAAGCUGAGUGUCGAACAACAUCGAGCAGCUAUACCGGACAUAGUCAAUCAGUUUGCUGCAGCAGUCCAACAUCUAUAUCAACAAGGGGCAAGGACAUUCUGGGUACAUAACACUGGUCCAAUUGGUUGCUUGCCGGUGGCCACUUUGUACAUUCGCAAUCCGGCACCUGGAUUUCUCGAUCAGUAUGGUUGUAUCAAAGGCCAGAAUGACAUGGCUGUAGAGUUCAACAGGCAGCUUAAGGACAGAGUCACGAAAUUAAGGGCAGAGCUUCCUCGUGCCGCAAUAACAUAUGUGGAUGCAUUCACUGCCAAGUAUGGAUUAAUAAGCACCACAAAAACACAAGGAUUUACAGAUCCGCUUAAAAUAUGCUGUGGGCGUCACGAGAAUGAUAUCAAUGUGUGGUGUGGGCAGAAGGGUUAUUAUAAUGGUACUGAAGUGUUUGGCGCCGCUUGUGCAAAUCCAUCAGCAUAUGUGAGCUGGGAUGGAGUUCACUAUUCUCAGGCUGCAAAUCAGUGGGUGGCUAAUCACAUACUCAAUGGUUCAUUGUCAGACCCGCCAAAUCCGAUUAGUCGUGCAUGUUUUAAGCGCGGAGGCAUGUAAUCCUAGCCAUCUACGUAAGCCGCUAUUAUUCAAUUCAUGCUAUAACAGAAGAAAUUAGUAUCAAGAGUCCAGAAGUGUAUAAUUAUCAAGUCCCUCUUUUGGACUUGUAACGGGCAUCAGAUCAAAACUAAAUGAUGGAAGCAACGAUAAAUAAUUAUUCUCCUGAUCAACGUCAAAUUGAGCACAUUGGUUAUGCUUCUUUUACUUA